CGAACCCAAGGUAAUGUUCGACUGAAAAUACCACACAUAGCCAUCAACAUCGGGUACAACAAACUCAAUUGAACGACCUGUGCUUGAACCCGAUUUACUAGAGCGAGAUUUGAACCGCAAUAGCUGCUCAAAUCCGAGAAGUGCUGCCUACAUGCAGACUAUGCUAGCGCAUGCGCUGUAUGCAGUGACUAUCCCGAUAGUGUCUGGACGCCUGGAAGCCUGUUGCGUAUGGUUCGGUAGACCGUGCGUUAGCAAGAGCAUCCUACUGUUUCCCAGUAUGUAUGACAUUUCGCGACGGACCCCGUCUCAUCCAGGCUGGACCACGUACAACACAUGGGAAACCAGGGCCCAUGCCCAUGGCCAUCACAUUCAAAACCCAACUGAAAACAGUCGAACCACGGCAUAUCCGAGCCCGCCCCGCGAUAGAGAGAGAAAAAGAGCCAAGGCCGGUCCAAUGUGCAAAGAACGGCCCAACCAGGAGAGGUUGUGGUCUGGGCUCAACCCCAACCCGACCAUAGCACCUGCAUACUAAGAGCUCAGCUCGUUACAGAAGACGACGAACACAUCCAUGCAGAAGAUUGGGGCCCAUCGCCAAUGCGGAA